CCGCCUCGGCUAGCUUGGAUCGGUAGGGUAGGCGUCUUGUCCGGCCUCCAGGAUGAAGCUCUCGUCCUGGCCCCUGUGGCUCCUGCCCCUGUGGCUCCUGCCCCUGUGGCUGCUGUCGUCGCCGCAAGCGAGCGGCCUCCGAGGCCGAGCGCCCGGCCAUCUGAGGGCCUUCGUGGUGCCUCACAGCCACAUGGACGUGGGCUGGGUCUACACUGUCCAGGAGAGCAUGCAUGCCUAUGCAGCCAAUGUCUACACUUCCGUCACCAAGGAACUGAGCAGAGAGAAGCAGCGCAAAUUUAUUGCUGUGGAACAAGAGUUCUUCCGGCUCUGGUGGAGCAAAGUGGCCACAGACACCCAGAAACACCAGGUCCAUCAAUUAGUGAAAGAAGGACGACUGGAAUUUAUUAUUGGAGGCCAGGUGAUGCACGAUGAAGCAGUGACCCAUGUCGAUGAUCAGAUUUUACAGCUAACAGAAGGACAUGGGUUUUUAUAUGAAACUUUUGGGAUAAGACCUCAGUUUUCCUGGCACAUCGAUCCCUUUGGAGCAUCUGCUGCCACACCAACUUUGUUCGCUCUGGCCGGCUUCAAUGCCCAUCUCAUUUCCCGGAUCGACUAUGACCUAAAAGAGGACAUGCAGAAAGCCAAGGAGCUCCAGUUUGUAUGGCGAGGGUCUCCAUCUUUGGCUGAAAGUCAGGAAAUCUUCACUCAUGUUAUGGACCAGUACAGCUACUGCACCCCAUCACACAUCCCUUUUUCCAACAGGUCCGGCUUUUAUUGGAAUGGAAUUGCACUUUUCCCUAACCCUCCUAAAGAUGGUGUUUACCCCAACAUGAGCUUGCCAGUGACAAAUGCCAGCCUCAGCCUCUACGCACGGACCAUGGUGGCCAACAUCAAGGAGAGAGCAGCCUGGUUCAGGACUCGGGAUGUACUUUGGCCGUGGGGUUGUGACAAGCAGUUCUUUAACUCGUCUGUCCAGUUCGCCAACAUGGAUCCAUUGCUAGCCUAUAUUAAUAACCACUCUGAGGAGUUUGGGGUUACUGUGGAGUAUGCUACCGUGAGUGAUUAUUUCCGUGCCAUUCAUGAUCGAAAUGUCACCUGGAACACACGGAACCAGCAGGACUUUCUUCCAUAUUCAACAGAGCCGUUUCAAAGCUGGACUGGAUUUUAUACUUCCCGUAGCUCCCUGAAAGGGAUCGCCCGGAGAGGGAGCUCCUGUCUUUAUGCCGGAGAGUCCAUGUUCACCCAAUAUGUUCUGAAGAACCCCCAAGGUCCUCUGUCUAAACCUGAGUCCUUGGAGCAGCUGAAGAAGCUUCGGUGGGCUGUUUCAGAGGUUCAGCAUCACGAUGGCAUAACAGGAACGGAGUCCCCCAAGGUGAGAGAUAUGUAUGUAGACAACCUAAUGGAAGGAAUGUUUGACGUAAAGAAGCUAAUGGUGUCCAUCGUCCUUGACAUGUUCCGGGCAGAGAAGAAAGAAGAGCUACAAGCUGGUGUCUCUGAUAGAGAUUCAGGCAAACGAGGUUCUGAGGUGAAACCAUGUGCUGUUGUGUACAACCCCCUGGCUUGGACCAUCACCACCUUUGUUACUGUUAGCGUCCGUUCUCCAAGCGUCGUGGUCGUUGAUGAAUCUGGACAUCCUGUGCCUGCCCAGAUCCAGAACUCAACUGACUCUCAGUCCAUCUAUGACUUGUACAUUCUGACCACCAUAAAGGGUCUCAGUUACCGGCGUUACUACAUUAAGUUAACUGGCAAAUUUGAAGAGGCUCACCAGGAGUCAACCUCGAUUGCAAGAGUCUUCCAGUUCGGUAGGAAAUCUAAGAAGUCUUCACGCUGCUCUGGCAGGCGACUAUUUCCUGUGACAAACGAGUGUUAUUCUAUACUCAUGGACCAAGGCACCAAUUUAAUGCACAGCAUCAUCGAGAGGGAGAGUAACCAGACUGUACGAGUCACCCAGCAGUUCCUGGAGUAUAAAGUGAAUGCUGAUUUGGAGCACGGACCUAUUUCAGACAACUAUUUGUUUACCCCAGAUGGAUCAGCAGUUGAAGCAUCAGAUGUGGUGGGGUUGGAAAUUGUGGCUGGAAAACUGGUGACGGAGAUCCGGCAGUAUUUUUAUAGAAAUUUCACAGUAAAGGAUUAUACCUAUGCUGCCUAUUCUCGGAUCUUCCAUAUUCCAGAGGGUUAUGAUGGGAAGCUGCUCUGCCACAGGAUAGAACAAGAAUACAGGGUGGGGCCCUUGAAACUGAACCGUGAGGCAGUCCUGAGGACAAGCACGGAUUUAAACAGUCACCAAGUCCUUUAUACAGACGACAAUGGCUAUCAGAUGCAGAGAAGAACUUACAAAGCAUAUGUGAAUAACACCGUGGCUCGGAAUUACUAUCCCAUGGUGCAGACUGCUUUCAUUGAAGAUAGCAGAACCAGGCUUGUCCUGCUGUCUGAAAGAUCGCAUGGUGUCUCCAGUCAAGGAAAUGGGCAGAUAGAGGUGAUGCUACAUAGGAGACUGUGGAACAACUUUGAGUGGGACCUCUAUUACAACCUCACUUUGAACGAUAAAUCAGUGGUUCAGCCAACUUUGUGGCUCCUCCUAGGACCCAAGCCCGUCACUACUGCUCUGUAUCAGAUGAGUAGAAUGGCUUUGGAACACAAACCAUUUGUUAUAUUUGGAGAAUUACCCAUUGAUAACCAGAUGCCACCAGGAUACCUCCAGAAAGAUGCUCCAACCCUCCCCUCCAGUCUUCACCUCCAGAUUCUCAGCAUCCCUGGGUGGCAGUACAGCGGUAACCACACAGAACAUCUGCAGAAUCUGCAGAAAGGUCACAGAAAGGAGAGUGGGCCUGACCUCAGCCGGGUCUUACUCCGGAUCUGCCAUUUAUUUGAGGCAGGAGAAGACCCAGAUCUUUCCCAGCCAGUAGCUGUGAACCUGAAGUCUCUGCUCCAGAGUCUGGGGACAGUGGCUUCUGUGGAGGAGCGCUCCCUCACAGGGACCUGGGAUGUGAAGGACCUGAGUCGCUGGAGGUGGAAAACAGCCAAACUUAAAGGCCAAGACUUCCACAGGUCUUCCAAGACGCCUUUGGGAAACUCCACCUUCGUUCUGUACCCGAAGGAAAUAAAGACCUUCUUUAUCCAUUUUCAAGAGCAAUGAAAUGCUUAUUAACUAUCCCUGCAACUGUCCUGAAUGUCUUUGAAGCCUUGCAUGUAGCCUGCCAAAGGAAUAUUUAAGGCCUGUGUGAAUUUAUGGAGGGAGAAAGAUGUAAAUUUUGUAAUAAACUGUAAAUUAUGAUGCCAAGUAA